AUGAUCAAGUUUGUUAUUGUUGUCCCAUUUGGCUUAUUCCUUCUGGCAUCUACAUGGAACGAUUGGGAUCGUGUACCAUUUGAAUUUAGGUACGAGCACAGACCAGAUUGGUGCGUUGAUGAAGAUCCAUUAUGUUCAACGUUUAAAAGUUGGUGCAUUAGUGCUAAUAAAACUCGAGAAAAUUAUAUGAAGAAAGCUUGCCGACGGACAUGUUAUAUGUGCUAUGAAGGAAUGAACAAUACGAAAACAUGCUAUGAUAAAGAGGACAAUUGUGCUACACGGGAAAUUGAAUGCUUUUCUGAGGCAACUGCUAAACGCAUGUAUCAUUUGUGUCCAGAAACAUGCGGGUUUUGCAACAAUGUUUGCGCGGAUUUGGCAACAAAUUGUGCUGAAUUAACAGAUUAUUGCAUGUUUUCCUAUUGGCAUCAGGCAGUGAUGCAAUCGAGAUGUCGUUUGACAUGUUCAUUUUGCAGAGUAUACAAUCGAGAAAAUUUCGAGCCUGUAGAUUGUUCAGAUAACUUGAGCUACUGUAGAUACAGGAGGAAUCUUUGCGAGCGCAUUGAGCACCAGCGAGAAAUGCGCAUAGAUUGUCCCUAUACAUGCAACUUCUGUGACUUGAUCGAAACUGAAGCUGAUAUACCGACAGAAUGUAAUGAUGCAGAACUAGAUUGUAGCAGGAGGAAACAUUUAUGUUACGUAGAGGGACGUCACAGUUAUUAUAUGUGGCGUAACUGUAAACGUACGUGUGGCUAUUGCCCUGAAUAUAACUUUAUUAACACUACGACAGACGACGCUUAUGAUCCUUACUACUAUUAUUAA